UGAUUUUUCACUUGCGAUAAAUAUAUCGUACCAUCUCAAUAGUCACUAAUUUCGCCAUUAUCCUAUGAUUAAAUAAUAAAGCUCAUGCCCGGUGUUUUAGACAAAAAAUAAACAGUACAUUAUUUAAAACACAAUUAGUUAUUAACAAAAUGACUUCAAUUAUUGUUGCGAGAACUUUGGCACCUGCGGUACAUCGUUCCCUCAAACAAUUAUUUACAAGUGGGGCUACGACAAAAAUAAGAAACUAUUGUAAAACUAUACAAGUUGCCACUAUUCAAUAUAAUCAAAAAAGGUUUUAUUCCGAAAAAAAAGUGUUCGAACGUAUCAAACCACAUUGUAAUGUCGGUACGAUAGGUCAUGUCGAUCAUGGUAAAACUACUCUCACCGCAGCAAUAACCAAAGUUUUAGCAGAACAAAAAUUGGCUAAAGCGCGCCAAUAUGCUGAUAUUGACAAUGCACCAGAAGAAAAAGCAAGAGGUAUCACUAUCAAUGUCGCUCAUAUAGAAUACCAAACAGAAGACAGACAUUACGGGCAUACCGAUUGCCCAGGACAUGCAGAUUAUAUAAAAAACAUGAUCACAGGAGCCGCUCAGAUGGACGGAGCUAUAAUGGUAGUAGCGGCAACUGAUGGUGUCAUGCCUCAAACUAGAGAACAUUUACUAUUAGCCAAACAAAUCGGUGUUGAACACAUCGUGGUAUUCAUCAAUAAAGUUGAUGCUGCAGAUCAAGAAAUGGUGGAAUUAGUAGAAAUAGAAAUUAGGGAAUUAUUAACAGAAAUGGGUUUCGAUGGAGAUAAUAUCCCAAUUAUUGCUGGAUCUGCUCUUUGUGCUUUGGAAGGAAAAAAUCCUGAAAUAGGUUCCGAAGCAGUUAUGAAAUUAUUGAAAGAAGUUGAUAGGUAUAUUCCCACUCCCGUAAGAGAAUUAGACAAACCAUUCUUGCUUCCAGUAGAACACACUUAUUCAAUUCCUGGAAGAGGUACUGUGGUAACUGGAAGAUUAGAAAGGGGAAUUUUGAAAAAAGGAGCUGAAUGCGAAUUUGUGGGAUACAAUAAAGUAUUGAAAAGUGUUGUUACCGGUAUAGAAAUGUUCCAUCAAAUAUUGGACGAAGCCCAUGCUGGAGAUCAAGUUGGAGCAUUAGUUAGGGGAUUGAAAAGGGAUGAUGUUAAGAGAGGAAUGAUUCUGGCAAAACCUGGUACGGUUAAAAGUCACGAUCAUAUAGAAGCUCAAGUAUAUGUACUAAGUAAAGACGAAGGUGGUCGUACAAAGCCAUUCACAUCAUUCAUACAGUUACAGAUGUUCUGCAGAACAUGGGAUUGUGCUGCACAAGUUGUUGUUCCUGAUAAGGAAAUGGUUAUGCCCGGAGAAGAUUCUAGGUUGAUAUUGAAAAUGAUGAGACCAAUGGUAUUGGAACAAGGUAAAAGAUUUACUUUAAGAGAUGGAUCACAGACGUUAGGAACGGGCGUAGUGACAAAAACUUUACCUCGUCUUACAGAAAACGAACGCAUGGCUCUAACAGAAGGCAAAAAAGCCAGAGAAAAGAAACUGGCGUCCGCAAAAUAAGCACUACCUGUGUUAAUAACAAGAAAAACUAUUUAAAAAUAGUGUGUGAACUGUUUGUUUAUUAAAGAUUUUUUUUAUCAGGAACGAAAUGUAUCUAUUAGGACUGGAAAAAAAUUCAAAUUCAUGAUUCUCCCACAAGUUUUUUCUUAUUAUUCCAGUAGUUCAACAUGGUUGCUUUUAAACCAAUGAAUUGUUAAAAAGUAUCAACUAUUAUUGUUUAUACCUGAAUGUAAUAAAGGAUAAAAAUCA